GUCUACGUAGUCGACAUGCCCGAUGCCCUCCGGGAUCAUGUGCCGACAUCCAUGGUGGAUCGGAGGAUGGUAGCGAGCGCGAGACCUGACAGGCACGUCGGUAAAAUGGGCAGAGCUCACGGGCACGGGGAUCCACAACCUCCACGCAUCCCCCCCUCUCUUCCUCGUUCGCUUGCUGGGCCCCACUUCCCCUCCACGCGGUACGCGGACACGACGCUUCCGUCGCAACCCCCACACCUUUCCGUCCCGCCGGCCCAUCGGCCGCCGCCUCCCUGCGCACCCAGCCGAGGAGACCGCCAUGAUGGCGGGCGCCUCAGGCUCAGUCGAAGAGGAGGGAGGACUGAGGGCGGAGGAGUCCCCGUCCGGCGGCGUCGACGUCUGGAGCGACGCCGUCUCCUCCCACGCCCCGGAACACCUCCUCGUCAUGAUCCACGGCAUCCUCGGCAGGCUACAAAUCUGUUUCGCCCGGCAGCAGAAUGGACCAGUGGCAGAAUGGAAUCCUACCAAUGACUGGCAAUACGCAGCCAACGAAUUUGUAAAGCAGCUUCCUGAUGAUGUAAUUGUGCAUUGCAGUGAGAAAAACAUGAACACAUUGACUCUAGACGGUGUCGAUGUUAUGGGAGAACGCUUAGCAGAUGAGGUUCUUGAUGUAAUUAGUCGAAAGCCAGAGCUCACCAAAAUUUCUUUUCUUGCACACUCCGUUGGAGGCUUAGUAGCAAGAUAUGCAAUUGCAAAACUUUAUAGACAUCCAAAUAGCACAUUUGACAGCAAAGCUGAAGGAACCAUAUGCGGGUUGGAAGCGGUGAACUUUAUAACCGUAGCAACGCCUCACCUUGGUUCUCGAGGAAACAAGCAGGUUCCACUCCUCUUUGGAUUCAUUACGAUUGAGAAGGUUGCUUCUCGUGUCAUCCAUUGGAUAUUUAGGAGAACUGGGAGACAUCUUUUUCUUACUGAUAGUGCUGAGGGAGAACCACCACUGUUGCAGCGUAUGGUUGAAGAUUAUGGCGAUCUUUACUUUAUAUCUGCUUUGCGAGCAUUUAAACGACGAGUGGCAUAUGCUAAUGCUGAUUGCGAUCACAUUGUUGGCUGGAGAACAUCAUCUAUUAGAAGAAACACCGAGCUGCCUAAGUGGGAGGAAUCUGUAUGUGAGAAGUAUCCUCACAUUGUACAUGAGGAAUACUCUGAAGAAAUCAGCGAUGAGAAGUGUCAAGAUUUGGCAGCAGAUUGCGAUUUUGACUUACUGGAAGAAAAAAUGGUGACAGGGCUGAGACGCGUUUCAUGGGAAAAGGUAGAUGUUAGCUUCCACAUGAGCAUGCGGAGUUUCGCAGCGCACAGCAUUAUCCAGGUCAAGUAUGCGUUUAUGAACGAAGGAGCGGACGUCAUACAGCACAUUAUAGACCACUUCCAGCUCUGAGAAUUUCCUUGGCAAUGCCACUAGCAAUGCAGUCUGAAGCUGCAGACCGAGGAGGCUGUCCUACCUCUACUUACACACAUUAGUUCCAGACUCGAGACGAAAACCGCAGUCAGCCCACAGCCACAGGGGAGGCCCGGUAGUAUCAAGUUAGUUCUAGAUUGUUAAUUUAUUGCUUAACAGUGUGUAACAGUGCGUUGUAAUGGCUGUAUAUAAGAGUAAGUGCCACGAAUUACUCCGUGCCGUCCGUUACAAAGAAAGAUCCCGUCGGAACGGAGAAAACAACAUCAUCCUUGUUGUACAUGUAUCGCUAUUAUGUGCCCUGUCACCAAUCUCACAUGUGACGCUAUUUUUCGCCCUGUA